AUGUAUCAAAUCCGACAAAAAAGCCCUGCUCCUAUCGAGUACAUAAAUAACAAUUUUGAGGAUUUACAAAGUUACAAGAUUGUUAGCUCUUUAUGUAAAAACAAGUUGUUUGAAACUGAUAAGUUGUUACCUGAAUUGCAACUUGAAGGCACUUUGGUCAAUAGGCUUGAUAAUUUGGAGCCAGCAAACGAGGUAACCAGUUUGGAAGACAAUUCUCUGAACAAAGUAAAUGUUUCAGAGCCACUUAAAAGAGCUUGUAGCCCGCUGGCUAAUGAACAUAUAUCAGAGCAGCUAUCUAAAAUAGAUAGCUACCUACAAGAGAGCUUAGAAUUUUGUUCAGGGACUAAGGUAAGAUCUACUCCUUCACCAGUGAUCACUGAAAUUAUGAUGGGAUGUAAUACACAUGAGAAGGCCAAUACUUUCAUGAAUCAAAAAAUAUAUGAAGAUAAUAUCAUACACUCAACCACUAUAUCGGAAUAUAAAAAUGAGGUGAACCAAAUUAGCAAAGAAGAUAUUGUGACUGAAAACGCACCCGAAAAUGAGGCAUUAACUGGCCAAAAAGAAUAUCACCGUGAAUCAGAGCUGAAGAUGCCUUCAUAUGAUAUUGAUGAUAAAAAGAGUAUGUCAAAAUUAAACAGUGUCACUGAAAAGCAACCAGGAGUAUUAAGGGCUAUAUAUAACAUGCCGAUACAUUACCACGCAGCGAUAUUGUGUUUCUUUUUAAUUAUAUAUAAUCUUAUAUAUCAGUACAUAAAACAAAACUGUAAUGGAAAUAAAAAAUAA